AUGAUUAUAGCCAAGCCCGGCUUAGCAUCUCAUGCAGAUAUGCUCUUUGAGAAAUACAGCCUCAGCUCUGAAGAUUCCACAAUGAAUGCAGCACGGAGAUCAGCCAGGAUGGAUUCAGAAGUGACAGAAUCCCAGAUGGAACCCUCCAUCAAUGCUACUGAGAUGCCCACCAAGGAGAACGUUUUUUCAGACUUGAAAGAUAAAUUCAUGAACAAAUUGGGGAAACUGCCAAUACCACCAUGGGCUUUGGCCACCAUCCUCAUUGUUGCCGGCCUCUUGCUGCUCUGCUGCUGCUUCUGCAUUUGUAAAAAAUGCUGUGGCAAGAAGAAGAAAGGGAAGAAAGGCAAAGACAAAGUCAAGGCACAGAUCAAUAUGAAGGAGGUGAAGGAGUUGGGCAAAAGCUACAUUGAUAAGGUGCAGCCAGAAGUCGAGGAUUUAGAUCCAUCACUGUUGCAGGAGUCCAAAGGGGAGAAGCCAGAGGAGAAGCUGGGGAAACUCCAGUAUUCACUUGAUUAUGACUUCCAGAGCACACAGCUGGUUGUGGGCAUUAUACAAGCUGCUGACCUCCCAGCGCUGGACAUUGGGGGUACUUCCGAUCCUUACGUCAAAGUCUUCCUGCUUCCAGAGAAGAAGAAAAAGUUUGAAACCAAAGUCCAUCGCAAAACUCUCAACCCCACAUUUAAUGAAUCUUUCACCUUUAAAGUCCCUUAUUCAGAACUUGGUGGUAAGACUCUCGUCAUGUCUGUCUACGACUUUGACCGUUUCUCCAAGCAUGAUGCCAUUGGUGAGAUCCGUAUCCCCAUGAACACUGUGGACCUGGCACAUGUGAUCGAGGAGUGGCGAGAUCUGCAGUCAGCAGAGAAGGAAGAGCAUGAGAAGUUGGGAGACAUUUGUUUUUCACUCCGAUAUGUCCCUACAGCUGGGAAACUGACAGUUAUUGUGCUAGAAGCCAAAAAUCUCAAAAAGAUGGAUGUGGGAGGGCUUUCAGAUCCAUAUGUGAAAAUCCACCUCAUGCAGGGGGGGAAACGUAUCAAGAAGAAGAAAACAACUAUCAAGAAAAAUACACUGAAUCCCUACUAUAAUGAAUCCUUCAGCUUUGAGGUGCCUUUUGAACAAAUCCAGAAAGUCCAAGUUGUCCUGACAGUCCUGGAUUAUGACAAACUAGGCAAGAACGAAGCCAUUGGGAAGAUCUUUGUAGGCUGCAAUGCCACGGGUACUGAGCUGCGCCAUUGGUCUGAUAUGCUAGCCAAUCCCCGGAGACCUAUUGCCCAGUGGCACACUCUGCAACCUGAAGAUGAGGUGGAUGCAGUGGUUGGUAUAAAGACCUCUUGAUGUCCUUCACUUCCUGGCCGACUUCUCCGGCAACCGUUCCAUCUCCCAUCCAAAGCAAAUGGGAGUGUGUGGGUGAGGCUCCCCUGAAAAUGCCUGUUGGGGGGGAGGGAAGGUAACCUGUGAGCCUGUCUCUUUUCUCAGAGCCAUUUCCUGUUUGAAAAAAAAAAUCUCCAAGAGGAAAAAAAAACUUUUUAAUCCACUGUGUGAAAAAAGAAAGAAUGCUUACAUAGUAAUUGGAGACAAGUGAUAGAUUUACUAUAAGUCAAUCAUGAGGCUUACAAUGCAAUUUAUGCAGAUUUAGAUACAUAUUUCAGAUUUGACUUGUGCAUUUGAAAAUCGAGCCUUAUGUAAAAACAGCCUUUUUCCCCACAAAAGCAUUACUAAAUAGUAAUAGUUUAUCUGUCAAAUUUGGCAACCAAACUUCAAAUAAAUUUACUUUAAUCCUUUUUAAUUAUUGGUUAUACUAUAGGUUCAAAACCAAAUUACUUUAAGGGAUAUCAUUUUGUACACAUUUUGGAUGCUGAUGUGGUGCCAUGUUUGAAAACUAGACCUUGUAUGGAAAUCUAUAGUAAACAAUGUCUACAAAUAUGUGUACAAUAGAUUUUCUAAAAAUUACAAUGAACUCCAAUUACAUUAACUAAAAAUUUUUGGAGACUGUAUUAUAAAACAACUUUAUAAAGCUAGAUCUUGGAUAAAAAUAUAACAUAACAUGUUGAAAACAUAGUUUAAAAAUGAGUUUUCUACAAUUUCAUAAUGGCUUUACAUUAUGACUAAGGCUAGAAUUGAUAUCCAUUUAGCUGGAAGUAAACCCUAUUUAAUUCAAAGACACUUUCUUCUGAGGAGAUGUUAUAGAAUUUUAGGGUAAGAGUGAGGUAGAAUUUUGUACACUGGAUUCUGAAAUACUUCAAAUGUACUCCUCCUUACUUAUUGACACUCUGUCCAAAAUAUGACUGGGUAGGUUGAUAUUGCAAAAUGUAACAUGUGUAGAUUCCAUAUAUAAAAAUUUAGUAAACAUAAUAUAGGAUAUCCUAACAAAACUUCCACAUACUAGAAACUAACAAUAAUUUGUAGAGCCUGCAGUUUGAUGCUAGAACAUAAUAGUGUGUGACACAUUAGCCAAUGUAUUAAGCUAUUCAUAAAGUUUGUUAGUUUGUUACCAACUGAAUUUUGAGUUUUAUAACAGUUUUGCUUAUGCAUUUAUCUGUUUGACAACUUGUGCUUUACAAUAUGUAUGUUUAUGAAAUGUUUGAUAUUAAUAAGGGUAUUAGGGAAAAUUUGCUACAAGCUUUCUUUACUAGCAAUUUACUAUCCAACUUGUAAUAAUUUUGUUUGUUAAAAACAUGUUUACAUUUUUGCUACAAGCUUAAAACUGGUUUAUUAUACAACUGCAAUAGGUUUCCUGUUUGUUAGAAAGCAGUUUGAUGCAUUUUAUAAGUGGAAAAAAUACAUUUAUCCAAAAAAACUACUCUUGGGUUUAAAAGUGUUUGACAAUAGUUUUACAUAGGCUAAAACAUGUUUACAAUACUUUUGGUAUAGAAAGAUUACAAUUUAUUAGACAUAUUCAAUAAUUCUAUAAAUGUUUAAAAUUUGGAUGACUUGCUAAGAAUUUAUAGCUGAUUACACUGCCAGUCAUUUUCAGCAGAACUGAAAUUAAAGGGAAUAAUUAAAAACCACAAAUGUUGGUUUAUAAUCCUGAAUUAAAAUACUUAUAUGUAACUUUUAUGCCAAAAUUCUGUUUUUGUUACCAAAUUCUGGAUUAGAUCAUAAUCCUUCAGAAGUAUGCCCCCUUUAAAAAAAUAAAAUAAAAUCCAACCUUUUGAUACUAAUAUUAGGAUUUUUCACCCAUAAUUUUGCAGCACUUGCUGGACUUGAUUUCUCAUCCCAUUACAGUAGCUUUAAAUCUUGCAUCUUGCAAAUUAUUCUAGUUCCAAGGGAAUGCACGACUCACCUUAGAGAAUAACCAUCAUUUUAAUAAUAAGCCUCAUCAAUAAGGCUAUCUAUUAAUGACUGUACCAGAAAAAAGACUAAGGGUUAAACACUACUCAGUUCUCAAUACAUGAUUAUACCAAAUAUUUAUAGAAUAUACAGUUCUUAUCUAUUACUUUUUUAGUUGAGGCAAGAUAGCUAAGUUCCACUUCCCAGUAUUGGCUAUAGAAGAAUCUGCUCUUGCAUUAUUUUAAACUUCAUAUUCCUUGGGGAAGCAAAUUAGUGUUAGUUUUUUAAAAUUCUUGAUGUAAAAUAAGAACAACUGAGGAAAAAGGAAUGGAGACGGAAAAGAGUGCAAUCCCUAUACAGUAUACUUUACUCACAUCCUAUAUAUUUUACUAAUGGAGCUAAAUGGAUAUAGGAUUGAUGCCUUAGUCAUUCUCUGUUUUAGGGAGAAAAGUUUUAAAGAUAUCUAGAACAGACAGAUAUUCUAUCAGUAUUUGUCCUCCUAUCACUGCUUCCACCAUAUUUUCCUAGACAGUCAUAUUUCCCAACUUGGUGCCCUCCAGGUAUGCAAGCAAGGCUAUGACACCCAUUAUCCUUAGCCACUUAGGCUAGAGAUGAAGGGAAAUGUAGUCCAUUACAUUUGAAGUGCACGCAACUGAGGAAAGCUGCUAAGAAUUCAAUAGUUUCUGUGUCUUUCAAUCAGCCAGAGAUAGAUGUGGUGAGAUGCCUAGAUCUGUAACAGCAUUAGAUGAGAGAAGCCACUGGGAUACCUUAAAAAGCUGUAGCAUGUUAUGUAGUGACAAAUUUUCAAAAGCCAUAGUCCACACAUUUGCUUAUUCCUGAAUAACAGCGUAUUUCAUUGCCAGAAAAGCAUGCAAAAUUUUGUAACAAGUGGCUUAGAAUUGAGUCUUUGGCAAAGAAUAACGGAAGGCCUGCUUAUUUCAUCCACGCACAAUGAAACAUUCACACAACUUCUUGGAAAAUAGUAUUGAGAAAUAGAAUUGUAAAUCAUAAUACAACAAGUAAUCAUUGUGUCCAGUCAGAAACAUUUACUUUGACAUUCAUAGAACUGACUAUGAAUGAGAUGUUUGGCUUAUUCCAAACAGGAUAAUCAUACUAUCUCAUUUUCUAAAUAAGGGCAAUUGUGUCAUUUUGCUGCUUAAUCUUAGCAAUAUUUGUGAUGGACAGUUGAUAAAACAGAUAGGAACAAUGAUUUUCAAUUUAUCUUUCAAUAUUUCAGUAUAUUACAUGAGGAAAGUCAUGUAGGAUUCCCAUCCUGUGCUGAGUAACAAUCUAUUCAGUUUCUCUAAAAUAAGUGAGAAUCGCCUCACACAACUAAGCUACUGAGGCCCUCAAAAGUACUAUCACAUCAGACAUUGUAUUAAAUGGAUCGCUUUCAUUUUAUCCAAGAAAGAGAAAACACAUAUUAAUACUUAACUGGUGCAAAUUAGAAUAAUAGUAAAGAGAAUGUUGAUCCAAUGUCAGUUUUCUAAUCAGUGGAUUUUUUUUUUACUAAUAGCUUCCUGUGGAGAUGUUGUGGAGAGGGAUUUAAUAAUGGCUCCACCCCACCAAACAGACAACUAAAAAGACUAGGCCAAGGUUAUUGCCCAUAUGAGAGGCAUGGUGGCCAUUUUGUUUACUGGCUAGUAUGUUUCUGUAGUUGUGGUGUUGAUAGAGUUAUGCAUUUAUCCACUCCACUUUAGAAUAUGCCUUGCUCUGUUAGCCUCAUCAAAUUAAUUCCCACUGAGCUGCCGCACACAUCUAUUUUACUUUGAAUUAUGAAUGUUAGUGAGAAGAGGAGCAUUCAACAUGGCAGUUGCUGAGCCAUGAGAUGUUUAAUAUGUCAAACGGUUGUUCAUUUCAGGCAGCUGAAAGUCCACCUCAUUUCCUUUUUCUCACAGUCCUUGAAAACUGAUCAGUACAUCAAAGAUAAUAUUGGAACUGUCAGUCAGUGCUGUGUGCUGUACUUCCAUCCACUGUAUCUUGCUAAUAACUCCAUCUUUUCCCAACUUCUAUCCAUCCUUUCCACAUUUUGGCAUCAGCAAAUAUGAAGAUGCCUGAAAUCAACUGCCCAGUGUUGGAAAGAGGCCAUCUUCUAAGUUUUGAAGAGUUGUGUAACCAUUAUGAUUGAAGGGAUUGUGUAAAGUGCAGAAGGCUUUGUAACUCUGGUGUGUGUUGUUUCUAUUCCCUUUGCUCCUAUGAACUACCCUCUGAGCGGUGCUGUCCUUUCAAAGCCGCUUCUCCUCUUUUGAAACCAGUUUUAAUAUUGAUGUAUUUGACCAAACAGUACUCUUGU